AUGGGUUCAUGCUGACCUAUUGGAAAAGCUAAGAAUGAUCAUCAUGAUGAUCUAAGAGAUAGAGAUCGCAGUGGCUCAGACAGCAAACAUCAGGGGAAUGAAGAGAUAUCACUAGAAGGGAAUAUCGAGGGUGGAAGAAAUUGUAAUAGAGGAUAUGGCAAUAGAAGUAAGAAGUAUAAGCACUUAUCUAAAAAUCAAGCAGACAACAAUGGUACUCCAACAAAUCCACAAAAAGACGAAAUCAUAGUCAAAAAUUCCAAAAGAGAUCCUGGAUCUUCUAAAAACUCCCCAAAAAAUGCUUCUCCCGACUCAAAAAUAUCUCCUUCAAAUCAACAAGUUUCCAACUCCCCCCAAAAAGUACCCACCCCCUCUCUAGAACCUAACGUCCUUGACCAAGAAGGUCCUCCUUCUAAACCUCCAGCAGAUAAUUCCACACCAGCUCCUGAUGCUUCAGUCCAAGCCGAUCCUAGAUAUUCCGAAGUUAAAUCCUCUAAAUCGGAUGGAGCGAUUCUUGGGCAGGAAGGUUCACAAUCUUUUUCAGAAGAAUCUAGUUUUGGUAAUGCUUCAGGGCUAGAGAAUAGCCCAUAUGGUUCACUCAUUAGUGCCAAAGGAGUCAUUAAUCCUUCGAAUGAUUGUUUCUUUAUAGUAGUCCUUCAGUGUCUGUUUGCAAUUGAAGAAUUAAAGAAAGACAUUUACUUCAAGAAUAAAGGAGAAAUCACAAAUGGAUUGAAGAAAGUCCUCUCCCAGUUUAAAGAUGAGAAUCCAGUUGAUGCUAGCGAGGUCAGACUUCUGUUUAAUCAGGAAUUUGAAAGCCACCAGCAGCAUGAUGCUAACCAAAUUAUGAUGGAGAUGUUUCAGAAGAUAAAAGCAGAAAUUAAACCAAGUAGCCUUAGAAUUCCGAAAAAUAAAGACUUUGAAGAGUGGAAUGAAUUCCAGAAGUGUAAUAGCACUGUUAUUGAUAGACUAUUUGCAGGCAUGACCUGAAAAGUAUUUGCUUGAAAGAAAUGAGACCAUGAAAUCAAAGUCUUUGAAGAAUUCUACAACAUUCCAUUAGAAUGAAGUGAGGAAAAUCCUUCAAUAGGGUAUGAAAGGCUUAAAGAAUGACUUGAUGAAAUUGAUGAAUCUGAUUUUCUUUGAGAAAAAUGUAAAGAAAUCCAAGUUUGUUCCAUCAAAACAGAAAUCAUCCAAUAUCCAAGAUAUUUAAUACUAGUCUUGCAAAGAUUAUGUCCUUUCACACAACAGAAGAUCAAUGGUAAAAUCAAAUAUGAUAAAGACUUGAAAUUAGGAGGUUCAAACAAGAAGCAAGCCAUAAAAUACACUCUCAAUAAUGUGAUCAACCAUUAUGGCUCUAUCAAAUUCGGACAUUAUACAUGCUUAUGUAAAGGAAGAACAGGGUGGAAGGAGUUUAAUGAUGAACAAGUUACAUUACUCAAAGAAAGUAUGAUAGAAACACAAGAGGACGCAUAUAUCCUUAUUUAUAAAAAACAAAAAUAGACUGUUCAAUUGGA